GAGAAUAAAAUUAAAUAUUUAUCGUCGUCGAUCCUCUUCUCUUCGCACUAAGAGAGAAGAAAUCUGAAAUUAUCGGAUCGAUUCGAAUCGAAUCGGACAAUCGCAAAGAGAGAGAGAGAGAGAGGCUAAUAAGCGUAAAAGAGAGAAUAAUACUCCGUGGGGGCUUAGACAGAGAGAGAGAGAGAGAGAGAGAAUCGGACGAGUCAAGGAGGGAUCAGAAAAAACGGUGAUACGGAAGCUAGUUUUAGGGCUAAUGGGCGCCGCGGGCUCCAAACUCGAGAAAGCUCUCGGCGACCAGUUCCCCGAAGGUGAACGCUACUUCGGAUUCGAGAAUUUCGGCAACACUUGCUACUGCAACAGCGUUUUGCAGGCUCUUUAUUUCUGUGUUCCCUUUCGUGAACAAUUGCUCGAAUACUAUACCAGUAAUAAAAGCGUAGCCGAUGCUGAAGAGAAUCUUAUGACCUGCCUGGCAGACUUAUUUUCGCAGAUAAGUUCCCAGAAGAAGAAAACUGGUGUUAUUGCGCCUAAGCGAUUUGUACAGAGGUUGAAGAAACAGAAUGAGCUGUUCCGGAGUUAUAUGCACCAGGAUGCACAUGAAUUCCUGAAUUAUUUGCUGAAUGAAGUUGUUGACAUACUGGAGAAAGAGGCAAAAGCGUCAAAACCCGAACAUGAAACCUCAUCAUCAUCAUCUCCAGAAAAGAUUGCAAACGGACUGAAAGUUCCUCAGGCAAAUGGUGUUGUGCACAAAGAGCCUAUUGUUACUUGGGUGCACAAUAUUUUCCAGGGCAUACUUACCAACGAGACAAGGUGUCUGCGAUGUGAAACAGUGACAGCAAGAGACGAAACAUUCCUAGACCUUAGCCUUGAUAUCGAACAGAACAGUUCGAUAACUAGCUGUUUGAAAAACUUCAGCUCCACAGAGACUCUUCACGCUGAAGACAAAUUCUUCUGUGACAAAUGCUGCAGCUUACAAGAAGCACAAAAGAGGAUGAAGAUCAAGAAGCCGCCACACAUCUUAGUCAUCCAUCUAAAACGAUUCAAAUACAUCGAACAGCUAGGCCGCUACAAGAAGCUCUCAUAUCGAGUCGUCUUCCCUCUGGAGCUAAAACUGAGCAACACGGUGGAACCGUAUGCAGAUGUGGAGUACUCUCUGUUUGCAGUGGUGGUUCAUGUCGGAAGUGGACCAAACCAUGGUCAUUACGUGAGCCUUGUGAAAAGCCAUAACCAUUGGCUAUUCUUUGAUGAUGAGAAUAAUGUUGAGAUGAUUGAAGAAUCAGCCGUUCAAACAUUCUUUGGAUCGUCUCAGGAGUAUUCGAGCAAUACUGAUCAUGGUUACAUCUUGUUCUAUGAGAGCCUUGGACCGACCAAGUAAAAAAAGCUGAGAAAGCAGCAAAAAGGGACUUUCUUCGUUUUUAUUUCCUUAACUAUAUUAGUAAUGGUAUAUGCUUGUCUUAAAAAGUCAACUCAAUUGACAGUAAUUUUUUUUUGUUUAUUUUGGGUUUUCUUUCUGUCUUCUCUCUCCCAAAGAUACUUUACUUGGUGAGUUUAAAAAUUGGAAAAGUUUUUACUGAAAUUUGUAUACUUCGAAAGGCCAUGUACAGUUUAUGGCAAAUAACUCCUUGUCU